CUUAGGGUGUCUCACUUCCCAUAUAUGCUAAAUGCCAUAUAAAAGUUCCUGUGUGUUAAAGCUCCUCAUUCAGUCAACCUUAAUCUUCUAAAUGUGUUUCCAAUGGCUGACGAGGAUUUUUCACUGUCUCCGAGGGAGAUGCUCCCGCCAGAACAGGGGCUACAAUAAUGACGUCCCCUCGCACUACGGAGGAUGCCACGGGUGCUCCUCGAGCAUUGAGGGACGGGGAUCCUUCUUCUUUGGCGGGGACGGCUCCGUCACCUGCAGCCGAGAAGCUUCACCCUGCCCAGCCAUGCCAGCAUCCUCCACCUGCAGCGUUGCAGCAGGGUACAGCUGUGGCGGGGACGGGGCUGUUAUCAUAAGCAGUGGUGACAGCGGGGGGACUUCCGGCUGGAGCUCCGCAGGGGGGACAGUCCCAGCCUACAGCACCCGGCGGGGAGCGGGAUACGGCAUCGAGGACACGGGACGGAGAAUGGUUGGCAGCUCAGGGGGUGGUGGAGGAUCCAGCUGCUACACUGGGAAUUUGGGCAUCGGUGCGGGAAGAGGCUCCAGCUAUGGAGGCAAUGCAUGCCACAGAGAAAAGGCUUUAACCACGGGUGGGAGCAGCGGGGAAUCGGGGUUCUCUAGCGGAGCAUCGGGCUAUGGCAGCAGGGAAUUCUCCAGCCCAGAGCUAAGCUCUGGAGGUGCUGGGUCCUCCCAGGCCAUGCAGCAGAAGUGCCCCGUGGUCAUUCCCGACAUUGAGACCCAACAGAGCAAGCAGAGCUGCCACUGGCCCCCCAGCCAGAAGAAAUGAAGGACCCAGCAGCCACCCCUGCUCACGCAGACAUGCCCUGGAUGUGCCACGCUGAGGCUUUUCCAAUGGACUGGGAGCUUUGAAUUCCUCGCGUCAGGCUGCGCUUGUAAUGCUGUUGGGAGCACCGCUGGGAAAAGGGCUUCAUGCUUUGGUGGUGGGAAAAGAUUCCUUCCUCCAUCUGCUUUUUUGCAUGGGUUGGGAAAUAAAACCUCAUUGUCUGUGGGAA